UCCAAGUUACAAACUGAUUUUCAGACUUUUCAGUUGCUGACAUGGUUGUUUCGCGGAAAAAUAGGAAUUCUUGAUAUUUAGAAAUGCAGAGCAGAGAGAUAAUUGAACACGAAUGUAUGCACGUUUGUUUGAGGGGUCUCGCCCUGAAAAUUCAACCCUUUCCAAAUCCCAUAAUUCCCUUCUCACAAAAAAAACCCUUUUGAUUUCAACAUAUCUCCUAAAUUUUGCCUCUGUUUCUUGAUUGGAUUUGAGCUCAUCACACAAGAAAACCCCACCACCCCUUAUUCUUUUCUUCUGUAACGCCUACAACAAUUUUGGGUUUCACUGCAGAAGAAAUACACUCAUUUAUUCUUUUUUUCCCCCUACGCCAUUGUGAUUUUGGAUUUAUGCAUGGCUGCAAAUCGUGAUAUCAAUCAAGAACAUACUUGUUUAGAGCUGCAUUUCAAGAAGAGGGGAUUUUGAUUCUGAUUUUGAUUUUGAUUUUGAUUUUGAGGGGCUUUUUUUGGUGUUGGAUUGAUUGUGUAGAUGAGGAAAUUGGAUUGUGAUGGAGCAGAAUAGGUGGGACAACACAUUAUUUUGUGAUAAUUCAAAUGGGUUUUGGUCUAAAUGGACUGUUACACAUAGUUACAUUGGAACGUGAAUGGCUGAUUUGCAGAUGCUUAGUGUUGUUGAAAGAGACAUUGAUCAGGCCAUUACAUCUCUAAAGAAAGGAGCACACUUGUUGAAGUAUGGUCGGAGAGGGAAGCCAAAGUUCUGUCCUUUUCGACUUUCCACAGAUGAGUCUACCUUGAUAUGGUAUUAUGGAAAAGACGAGAAACACCUUGAUCUACGCAAUGUUUCCAGGAUAAUUCCCGGGCAGAGGACUGCUGUAUUUCAGCGGUAUCCUCGGCCUGAGAAGGAAUACCAAUCAUUUUCUCUCAUAUAUAAUGACAGAUCCUUAGAUUUGAUAUGUAAAGACAAGGAUGAAGCUGAGGUUUGGUUUGUUGGUUUAAAAGCUCUAAUCGAGCGUGGUAGCCACAAGAAAGUAAGAAACGAAGCAAGGAGCGAAACUGCAUCAUCUGAAAGUCCUCGCAUUUGGAGGGUUUCUCGAUCAAGUUCAUUUUUGGCUCAGGAUAUGAGCGAGCAUCAACGAUCGGAUAGCACACCUCAGAGCAGAUUAGGAAAAGUAUUUGCUGAGGUUUUGUCAUUCACUGCUUCAAGCAAGAAUCACCUAUUUGCUGAGUCUCCUGCGCAUUCUUUCACUCCGCAUUCAGCUGGAGCCGCAGAAAACUCAAAUGCCCGAACUUCUGGGGCUGAAACAAUCAGGGUGAGCCUCUCUAGUGCUCUAAGUUCAUCGAGUCAAGGUUCGUAUAAUGAGGAUUUUGAUAACUUGGGUGAUGUUUUCAUCUGGGGAGAAAGCACUGGCAACGGAGUAAUGGGAGGCGGUCUGACUAAAAUUAAAGAAUCGUCUAAUAAAAAAACUGACGCUCUAGUUCCCAAGGCCUUGGAUUCGACAGGGGUGCUUGAUGUGCAAAGCAUUGCUUGUGGGCAGAGACACGCCAUUUUAGUCUCUAAACAAGGGGAGGCGUACAGCUGGGGCGAGGAGGCCGGAGGGAGGCUGGGACAUGGCAUGGAAACAGACAUUUUCCACCCAAAGCUCAUUGAAGUUCUUAAUGGGAAGACCAUUGAAAUGGUAGCAUGUGGCGAUUAUCAUACCUGUGCAGUUACACAUUCGGGCGACCUCUACACUUGGGGUGAUGGAUCUUCUGGAUGUGGCUUGCUUGGGCAUGGAACUGAUGUGAGUCACUGGAUCCCCAAACGGGUCAAUGGCCCUACAGACGGCUUCCAAAUCACAUUCGUCUCGUGUGGACCUUGGCAUACGGCUCUCCUUACCUCAACCGGCCACUUGUUUACAUUUGGAGAUGGAACCUUUGGUGCAUUAGGCCAUGGUGAUCGUAGUGGAACCAGCAUUCCACGAGAAGUGGAAGCUUUGAAUGGACUACAUGCGCAGCACGUUGCUUGUGGUGUAUGGCACACUGCAGCAGUGGUUAAACUAGUAUAUAAAUCUUCCACCUCAGGGCCAGGGCUGUACAAUUCCUCUGCUGGAAAGCUUUACACGUGGGGGGAUGGAGAAUACGGGCAACUUGGGCAUGGUGAUGAUAAACCAAGGCUGGUUCCCGAACGCGUAUCUUCAUUGGUUGACACUGAUUUUUCUCAGGUAGCUUGUGGGAACAAGCUCACUGUUGCUCUUACCACCUCUGGAAAUGUAUACACCAUGGGAAAAGAUGGAAAGGCUCCAACUUGUAUAAAAGGUAGCAUUGAAAACUGUUGCGUGGAAGAGAUUGCUUGUGGCUCACAUCACAUUGCUGUUUUGACAUCAAAAGCAGAGGUUUACACAUGGGGUAAAGGCACUAAUGGCCAACUCGGGCAUGGAGACAACGAAGACAGGAACACGCCCACACUUGUCACCUUCUUGAAGGAGAAGCAUGUGAAAAGCAUAGCGUGUGGCUCGAAUUUCACUGCUGUUAUAUGCCUUCAUAAAUGGAUAUCCAGUGCAGAUAUCUCUGUCUGCUCUGGCUGUCAUAACCCUUUCAGUUUCAUGCGGAAACGCCACAACUGUUACAACUGCGGGCUUGGCAUCUGCACGGCUUGCAGCACUAGGAAGUCGGUUAAAGCCUCGUUAGCUCCCAGUAUGAACAAGCCAUAUCGCGUUUGUGAUGAUUGUUUCAACAGAUUACAGAAGAAUUCAGAUCAUGCAUCUGUUCCCCGCGUUCCUUAUGUCAAAAGUGCGAGUACGUUACAUAAGGCCAGUGAUAUCCCCGAACCUGGGAUUCCCCGUUUGCCAGUAAGUAUGUCCAGACUUUCAUUUACCGAGUCACUCAAGUAUGACAGGACGUCCUCGUUCAGUGUGAAGCCUGAAUCAGUUGACAACCGCAUGUUUCCUCUUCGGAAUGGGAAUAUGCCGAGGCCUAGCACUUCUUCAAAAUCGCCAUCUAGCCCCUAUGGCUCUUCACCGGUCUCUCUCUCAUUUAUCGCACAUGAUUCUAGAGUAUUUUCUCAGUCACCUUCUCCAGUACUAGGGAAGAGGUCAUCGACCCCAUCACCCUCUCCAUCUUUCUCAUUUCGAACACUUGAAGCAACUCCCGAUGAAUUAAGGAGUAGCAAUGAAAUCCUAGGCAUGGAGCUCAAAAGUUUAAGGGCACAGGUGGACAGACUCUCAACCAAAUCCCAGUCUCUAGAAUCUGAACUCGAAAGAAAAUCAGAGCAACUGAAGGAGGUGGCUGCACGGGCAGCCGAUGAAGCUGAAAAAAGCCAGGCUGCGAAAGAAGUGAUCAAGUCACUGACUGCUCAGUUAAAAGAUAUGGCCGAGAGAGGACCAAAGAAACAAGUUGUGUGCAGCCAUAGUGAUGAGCAGAUAAGCAAUGACACUAAUGGUCCAUCCAACGGGAGCGUUGUGACUGUCAAAACUUGUCCAAAGAACGAGCCUAGUGGCAGUUCGUCUGCACCACUUUCCAAUGGCACUGAAGCCCAGUCCCAGUCACAGAAAUCAGAGCGGACUAUACAAGACGAGCCUGGCGUGUACAUAACUCUUGCCCCGUUGCAGAAUGGAACCAAUGAACUCAGACGAGUUCGAUUCAGUAGGAAACAGUACACAGAGGAACAAGCAGAGAAGUGGUGGGCUGAAAACGAGACGAGGCUAUGCGAGCAACACAACAUCAGAACAAACGUAGUAUCUUGAUCACAAGCAGCGUUUAUGUUAGCUAGCUAAAACCAUUAGAAAACAUGAUAAGUAUACCAGGUUUUGUAAUAUCUUGGUUUUGGGUGUCUGAAUUUGUGCAGCUUUGCUAGUGUAGUAGCUGUAGGGCUGUAGCACUAAAUGAGAAUCAUAUUUUUUCAGUGCUUAUAACAAUUCGAGGAGGCUUUUAUUUGGUA